GAUCAUCAUCAUCCAUCCAUCGAUCACCAGCUCUCCAAAAACCAUCUGACCCUUUACAAACCACAACUAAUUAAUUGCUGAUUUAUAUAUAUUGCUUUGACAGUGAUCUCUGCACUAUAAUUAUGGGCUCCAGCACCAAGAAGCAGAUUAAGAAGACGAGGGAACCAGCAUCAACAGCAGCAGAGACUCUCUCCGAUCAGUUUCAACUUCUCCGUUCCAUCACCAACUCUUCCGCUAUGGACAAGACUUCAAUCAUAGUGGACGCAACCAAGUACAUAGAGGAGUUGAAGGACAAGGUGGAAAGGCUGAGUGGAGAAGAGGCUACUACUGCACAACCACCACCAGCUGCUUCUUCUUCUUCUUCUUCUUCGUCUUCACAGAAUCCCCAGCCCAUGGUGACGGUGGAAACCCUAGAGCAGGGGUACUCGAUAAACGUGGUGUCGGACAAGAAUUCCCCAGGUUUGCUGGUGGCGGUACUGGAAGCUUUCGAUGAGUUGGGGCUGGAGGUGCUUGAUGCUACCGUCUCCUGCUCCGACAAUUUCCAACUCCAAGCUCUUGGAACCGGACAAAAGCUGGAAAACGAGGAGACCAUGGAUGCGCAGAUGGUGAAGCAAGCAGUGCAGCAAUCCAUUCACUUUUGGAGCCAAAGCAAUUCAGUGAUCGAUGAUGCUCCUCACCAGUAAAGCUGUACAUUUAUUUUAGUAUAUAGAAGUGAACGGACGCAAUAAGCUAGCUAAGCUAGCUUAGAUAUAUUAGCGGCCAGGCACCUUGUUGGAAUGGAUAUAUAAACCCACCCCAGGAAAAGAGGCCAUGCAUUGCAUGCAAAUAGUGUGUAUCUUCCGCCUAGUAAUUCUCUCUCCAGUUGGCAAAGUACGGAAUCCCAGUUUCUAAUAUCUCUUCUCACCGAGUAACAAAACACAAAUGUUAUU